AUUUAACAUAACAUUACAAUCACUGAAGAGAAACAUGCCCAAGAUUUAGGAAUGAACUACAUUUGAGAAUUGACUGGUGCACAAAAACAUGCUUCAGUCUAACUAUAAUAUCGUGGGAAUCUCAUCAAUUUGAUCUAACAAUUCAUAUUCACUGUUCAGGACAUGGUUUGUGUCAAGGAGGUUGUUGUCAGCCAGCUUAAAUAUUUUAUUAUGGCAUGUUGAUUCAUUAACCCUCUCAAAAGGUUGACCUCCAAUCUUUGAGCCGAAUUUCAAAAGUUUGACUUUAAAGUGGUGGACAAGCACGUGCAGGCUACCAUGUAGUGUUGCAAUACAGUAGAACACUCAGAAUAACAGAUGUAAAAAAACAAAAUAAGUAUAUAUAAAAAAGGAAAAUGCUUACAAUUGUAAUGCUUAUUGUAUGUGUGUUGUUGGGACCAUACAAUAAUAUUCUUAUCGGCAGUUUUUUUUUCUUCCGACUUUAACCAUUUGACUGUCGUUCAAGCUGCAAGUGUUGAUUAAUGAUUGAAAAGAAACAACCUGUCCAGCUUUAUGGCACAACAGUUAAAACUACUAUGUGAGAAAUACUGAAAAAAAGUACAGUAUGUGUGUAUGUCAAUAAUUAUUAUUAUUAUUGUAUAUAUGUAGUAAAUAUAUUGACACCCUGAUAUUAAAUUCCACAUUUAUUUACAAUAUAUCAAAAUUGUUCCACAGUAAAUAAUAGAGAUAAUCAAUUUAGAAAUUGUGUGUUUAUGGAUCAAGUCACUUCAUUGAAGUGUCUCCUGCGAAUUAAGUGCCUGACAAGAACAAUUCAAUAUAAUGACAAAAUGCUUAUUAAAAUCCAGCAUAACAUCCAGCCUAUUUAUUCACAGGACAUUAUGGAAUCAUGCAGGGUUUUAUUCACUUGAUUUUGCUGAAUUGUUGACCCAGCACACACACAAACACACACACUGAGCCACUUCAUGACUCAUGUGGUUUGACAAAGAUGCACUUCAGCAGUGAGCUUUACAGGGGGGGGGGGGGAAAUACAGAUGUGUUGGUGUGUCUCUGAAAGAUAAAGAUAGAAGCCCAUAGAAAAACGCGGGCUGGAUUAAGCUACUGCUUUGGCGGUGAAACGGGGGGAGGGACGACCAAAAGCAGGAGAAAGCAAUUGUGGGUCGGAGAAGAAGAGAGAGGGAUAGAAUUGGGGGGAGGAAGGUUUUGGAUAGAUGGAUGUUUAUUUUACAAUAUGCUAUUUGAAAUAGCAGCUUCACAGAGAGAGGGAGGUGACAGAGGGCAACAUGCAAGGGAAACAGGAUUCUCAGAGCCGAGCCCUCGGCAUAAAGGCCCACCCAGCUCUCAAAGCCUUUAUGUGUGGCUCUCUCAGCGGCACCUGCUCUACCCUACUCUUCCAGCCUUUGGAUCUGAUCAAAACACGACUGCAGACCCUGCAGAAAACUGCCAAGCCGGGGGCACCAAGGGUGGGGAUGUUCAACGUUUUCAUCAACGUUAUUAGGACAGAGAAAUUCUUCAGUCUGUGGAAAGGAGUUUCACCAUCAUUUGUGCGCUGCAUCCCCGGCGUGGGCAUCUACUUCAGCACCUUCUACUCCCUGAAGCAGCACUACUUCCUGGAGCGCUCGCCCAACGCUGGAGAGGCAGUUCUGCUGGGAGCGGGGGCCAGAACCGUGGCUGGCGUCAGCAUGCUGCCCUUCACUGUCAUCAAGACGCGCUUUGAGAGUGGCUGUUACAAUUAUGUGAGCGUGGCAGGGGCUCUGAAGAGUGUGUAUAAGACGGAGGGAGUCAGGGCUCUGUUCUCAGGCCUGACUGCCACGCUGCUCCGAGACGCUCCCUUCUCCGGCAUCUACGUCAUGUUCUACAGCCAGGCCAAGAAGGCGCUGCCUGAAGAGGUGAGUUCGUCGGCCUAUGCCCCGCUGGUGAACUUCAGCUGUGGGAUGGGGGCGGGCGUCAUGGCGUCGCUGGCCACACAGCCGGCAGACGUGGUGAAGACACACAUUCAAGUCAGCCCGUCCCACUGGAGCACCACUAAUGCUAUCCGCUACAUCUACAGGGAGCACGGCAUGGCCGGGUUUUUCCGCGGGGCCGUCCCGAGGUCUCUGCGACGCACACUGAUGGCCGCUAUGGCUUGGACUGUCUACGAACAGCUAAUGGCUCGGAUGGGCCUCAAAUCCUGAAGAGCAUCAGUGUUAAAUAACACUGGAUGGAAUAUGAGUGGAUAUAGAUUCACAUUAUGUUAUCACUGAAGGCCCCAUGAGAGAAGAAACAAGGAGCUCGUAGAGACGAUGAAUCGGCACUCCCAAGAUCUUUCAGAAUAGGAACCAGGUGGAUAAAUGUGAGAGAGAGAAUGCUGUGACUGAGUUAUUGUUGAUAUUGUAAAUGUUUGUGAAAAUGUGUCUGUAAGUCUGAAAUUGUGAUGUAACACCUGACAUGUCCACCUAGGGCUGAACGUGACACUCCCUGCUGUGAAGUGAAAUGAUUCCUCAUCUCACUAUUUAUGUUUUUUCUGGCUGCGGCUUAGAAAAGAUUGCCCUUGACAUUGAGGGGGUGUGAUUGCUAGUGACUCAGCAGACUGCACGAUACAUCUGCUGAGCCAACCAAAAGCAAAUCACUGCAGAGAGAGGGCUCCGGCCUCUGCCAUAUUUUAGGAACUUGCAUGAGAUUGGCCAACCUUUCUUACUCGCCAAUUGUCAAGCAGGCUCAGACAAUCAUAGGCACUCACCCAGCUGCAUUCUGGGAAGAAAAUCACAAUAAAGCCUUUAUUGCAAUACUGCUUUAAACUGUGCCAACUUAAAGUUUAAACACACCUGUGAUGCAUUGAGUGACUCAGCAUAGUCAAACCAGAUGUGCUUUUAAAAAAAAAGGCUUAAGAGAUGUAGCAGAACAAAUAUUCAGACCUGUGGCAGCAUUUCAGUCGGUUCAUGAUUUUUGUAAUUAAAAUGCUUAAUUAUUAUUUGGGGGAGCAUAACAACACCAAUGUUUACUUGUAUUUAAGUAAGCACUUUAAUAAUUUGACCUCUUUUUAUAUACAUAAGUACAUGUUUUCAUUCCUGAUUCACCUAAUGUUAUCAUAUUUGCAGAACAUUUUACUUGCAAGUAAAGCAUUGCUUACUCACUGUGUUUAUAAAAGUGGUACAGAAUAUAUCAUAUCAGUGCUGGAGUGAACCUUGACCUUUACCACCAUCUUCCUGGCUUUGUACAUAUUUAACUAAAUACGGUAUUAUUGGUUGUAACAAAUGAAAGUCCUAUUUUUAUGUUCAUUGUACAGUCUGCCUUUCACUAUAAACAGUAUUUAUUUAUUGUAAUUGAUAUAAAAAGAGGUGAUAUAUUGAAAAUGAUUAUUAUGGUGUUGAUAGAAAUAACGCCAAAUGGAAAAUCUCACAAGUAGAAGGAAUUGAAAGACUUAACUUUAUUUUGGAAAAUGGAUCAUUACACAACACACUGAAGCUUUUAUUGAUAAGAUGACAGAAAGGCUUCUAACGUCUGUGAUCUGUGAUGUAAGGAGGAAGGUUGUGAAGCAAAAAUAACGACAGUAGUUUUCUGUGUUUACUGUGUAACACAAACCGUGUUUCUAAAUGUGAUGUCAUUCAUACAUGGAAGUAUUACCUCGUGGAUAAACUUCAUCAUCUCUCCGUUGAUCCUCUGUUGUGACUAUAUUGUUUAUGGUCAAUGUUAUUGUAGAUAUGUUGUCUGUGCAUGUGUUUGCUCAGACAGACGCUGUGCCUGCCUGGUUUUUAAAUGUCAAUAAAUUGUUCUCUUUUAAAAAGAAAAUA